AUGGAUUUUGAGGAAAUUGGAAAGAUUUUGGGCAAUUUGAUGACAACUUCAACGUCUGAGCAGUCAAUUUAUGCACAUCUACAUAUAGAGAGAGUAAGGAGGUCAGGAAUACCUUCGUCUUCCUACCUUCACAGUACCCCCACUGAAAACUUAGAAAGGUGGAUUCUCUUUUUUCCCAUGGGGAUUUGUUUGAGUGUUAGAGUCAAAGCUGAAAGCAGCCCAACUCGUACAGGGGAAAAUUCAAAAUUUGAGAGAACGAGUGGAAGUGAUGUGAGCAACUCGAGUAGCAAGUUCUUGUCAGUAUCGGUGCCACCUACUCCUCGGAGUGAGGACGAGAUCUUGCAGGCUUCAAACCUGAAGAACUUUAAUUUUGCUGAUCUCAAGAUCGCCACUCGGAACUUUCGGCCCGACAGUGUACUCGGAGAAGGCGGAUUUGGUUCGGUCUUUAAGGGUUGGAUUGACGAGAACUCAUUUGCUGCGGCUAAGGCUGGGACUGGCAUGGUUAUUGCAGUAAAAAGGCUUCACCAGGAAAGUUUUCAGGGCCACCGGGAGUGGUUGGCAGAGGUGAACUAUUUGGGGCAGUUUUCUCAUCCUCAUCUUGUGAAACUGGUUGGCUAUUGCUUGGAGGAUGAGCAUCGCCUAUUGGUGUAUGAAUUCAUGCCUCGAGGCAGCUUAGAGAACCACCUGUUUAGGAGAGGUUCUUAUUUCCAGCCUCUUUCUUGGAGUCUUCGCCUUAAGGUUGCUCUUGGAGCUGCAAAGGGGCUUGCUUUUCUUCACAAUGCAGAAACGAAAGUUAUUUACAGAGACUUAAAAACUUCCAACAUAUUGCUUGAUUCGAACUACAAUGCAAAACUCUCUGACUUUGGGUUAGCCAAGGAUGGACCGACAGGUGAUAAAAGCCACGUGUCCACAAGGGUUAUGGGAACUUACGGAUAUGCAGCUCCAGAAUAUCUAGCGACUGGUCAUUUAACUGCCAGGAGUGACGUGUACAGUUAUGGAGUCGUUCUCCUUGAAAUGAUAUCUGGCAGGAGAGCAAUUGACAAAAACAAGCCAUCUGGAGAGCACAAGUUGGUGGAGUGGGCCAAACCCUACCUAGCAAACAAGCGUAAACUUUUUCGAGUUCUAGACAACCGCCUUGAAGGCCAGUACUCAAUGGAUGUGGCUCAUCGCGUGGCUACCCUUGCAUUGCGUUGCAUAUGCAUUGAACCUAAGUUGAGGCCAACCAUGGACGAAAUAGUCAAAGAACUGGAGCAACUUCAGGAUUUGAAAAAUGUAGAGAACAUUAGCAGUAAAAUGAGCAACAGGCAGAGACAACGUAGACGAAGUACUGGUGAUGCCAUCGAUAAAAACGCUGUUGCUGCUUAUCCGAGACCUUCUGCUUCUCCACUGUAA